CCGUGUAUGCUACCACUGAUCUAAACCUGGCGGAUGCGCUAUCGGCUGUGGUUUACCGUAAAUUGCUAGCGCGGUGGGGGUUCUAAUAAUUUAGUCGAAGCUGUCACCUUCUAAUUAUGGUCCAUAAUUAACCACCACUUAUGGGCAAUUAAUUUUUUUGGAGACUGAUCUACUACCGCAUCGGAUAGCAGAUUUUCAACUGUAUACUCUUACUUUGUUGAGAAAAUGUUUUGAUUUAAAUAAUUCGAUGGGAAGGAUGCUGGAUAAAAAUGUUUGUCUCCGAAUCCCCUUUCCCCUCGGAAAGCUCCUCCAGUGAUGUCGUCACAGCCGGAACAUUUCAAAAACAAAAUGACCAUACCUCAGAGUCGUUUGAAAGCUGACCAUAUGUGUCCAUGUUCUUCGACGGACAACGCAUCACAGUCUAUACCCAAAGAUGACAAAUUAGAUAUGAAGAUGCAAGAAAUGAAACCUUUCUGCAAAGCAACCACAGCUGAAGGAUCGCUUCAAGCACCCCCUGAACCACACUUCAACAAGAAACUCCUGGUUGCUGGAGCCCAGUUCCUACCCGGCCUGGUGAUGCACCCAUCGGCCAUCCACUCUUUUCCUCAACCCGUAUUCUCCAGGACUCAUUUACCUCUGUCACCAUUGCCGAUGGCCGGAUGCGUUCAGCAGCUCGGCACCUACCACCCCUUUGUGAUUUCAGAAGCCCAUUCUUGCAAAUCAGCACCUGCCGACUUCAAUCCGGACACUAUGUCCCCAAAAUCAACCAGGCUAGCGAGACCUCAAGACAAACUAGCCAGUUCCCAAUCUACAUCGGGUUCCACGUCCUCCAGAAAAACGAAAUUCGACUUUUCGAAAUUGGCUGAAUCUGCCACCAGCAAGGAUGACCCACCUCCCGCCCACAGCAACAGUGGCGGAGCAGAAGUUAAACGAAGCCAAAUGGACAGUCCGACUACUGCUGCCUCGAAGGCUUCAGUAGCACUCAUCACCAGUCAUACCUAUCCUUUCAUAUCUUCCUAUUAUACUCUAGGUGCCAUGGGCCUGGCGACGGACUAUUUCGAACGAAAGCUGGCCCGGGGCAGAGGAUCUUCGAGACCUAAAAAGGAGUUUAUUUGCAAGUAUUGCCAAAGGAGAUUUACUAAGUCUUAUAAUUUAUUGAUCCACGAGAGGACGCAUACAGAUGAGAGACCAUACACCUGUGACAUUUGCCACAAGGCGUUUCGACGGCAAGAUCAUCUUAGAGAUCACAGGUACAUUCACUCGAAGGAGAAACCCUUCAAGUGCACGGAGUGUGGCAAAGGUUUCUGUCAGUCCAGGACGCUGGCAGUGCACAGGAUCCUGCACAUGGAGGACUCCCCCCACAAGUGUCCCACAUGUGGACGCACAUUCAACCAGAGGAGCAACCUCAAGACCCACCUCCUCACACACACAGACAUCAAACCCUACAACUGUGACUCCUGCGGAAAAGUCUUCAGGAGGAACUGCGACCUCAGGAGGCACACGCUGACCCACACUUUGGGGCUGCCUGAAGCCCCAUGCGAAGAGGGGCACGGGUCCCCAUCCAGUAGCUGUGAUCGUUAUUAUCCGGGUGAAGGCGACAACGAUGAUAGUCACUCCCAAGAAAUCGUUGACGUCGAAAAUUAAAAAACUAUUUAUUUUUGUUAAUAAAACCUGCUUUAGUAUUCUUGGUUUGAAGACAAAAUAUCGUGCCAGCAUCAUGUGCACAAAAUUAUUUAACUUGCUUUUUACAUGCAAGAAACUUGCACAUAAAUUAUCAGUAGACAUUACAAGGUGGAGAUUAGACUGUUUUCAAAAACUGGGAGAAUAAUAAUUAUUUUAUUUUUUUAAAUAAUAAAAAUUCUUUCGGAAAAAUCAUUUUAAAACGACAUACAUUUUUCCUUCAAAAGUUUUUGGCUUCAGGUCAAAAAAUUAAGAACAAAUAGCUUUACAGAUAGUAAACGUGGAAAUCAAAGAAAAAUAAUUGAAAAUCCCAAUUUUUAAAAAUCUCUUAAUAACUGAAAAUCACAUAAAAAUAUUUUGGAAAUAUCAAUCAUGUUUCGAAAUGAGGUAUGUUGGGUUAUUACUUUUAAUUGUUUUUCUUUGAUUUAUUCUCCCUAAUUCCAUUAAUCGAUGACACUUUUAAAUCCAUCGAUAAACAUUAAUCCAUCGAUAAAACAUUAAUAAAUUCUAAGAGGAACACGUCCCACAAAUUUGCAGGAAGAAUUAUAAUUGAUAAUACCGUUUUCAUAAAACGAAUUUUUGAAAACCAACAGUUUAAUUUAUGUCAAGCUGUGUAUUUAUAGAACAUAACGUAGUGUCACUAUAUAGUUAACCCCAUGCAAUAUAAAUACUAUAUAAGGUUAUAUCAAAGAGUUCGUUCCUAAUUGUGUUAUUUUCUGGUACGAAGAAGAUAAAAGUUUACACUGUCAGAAAUGUUAGAUCAUGUUGAGCAUUGUUGUCCAAGCAUAUAUUUGAACAAAAAAGUCUUAAAAGAAAACAUGAUCAAAACCUACAGUUUUAAUGUAAAAAUAAAUUAUUUUCAAAAUUAAGUCUCAAAUAGU